GACCAGAGACGACGCGGCACCGGCGUAAAACGUAUCUGAUCUGCCCAGCAGACCUUCCGCAGGCAACGCAAGGCAAUGGCAAUGUCUUGUCACCCCUCUCGAACCAGUGUCUGCUUGGCCCUGGCCGUUGCCAUUUGCGUCUUCCUCCCAGGCUGCUUCUCCAGCAAAAUUGCCCUGGAGAUCUUCGAGAGGGCGUGCCACUGCUUCGAUGACCACAAUGUGUACAACGAGUGUGCGGCGGAGCUUCGGAUGGGCGUGGAGGGGGCGUUCCACGUGGGGCGGGAGAGCGUGGACGAGUACUGCGGCGGGGCCUGCUUCGCCGAGACGGAGUUGGCGCUCCGGUGCGUGGAGGAGAUCGCCCACGACGGCUUCAGGUUCUCCAACGGCGCCUCGCUAUUCGCCGUGAAGCAGGCGCUCGGCACCGGCUGCAGCUACACGCCCGAAAGAGGAACCUUCGACAUACGUGAGCGCAGGGAGUGCGGCGACGAGUAUGGAUACGGCUACCACGGCACGCACGAGCAGCUCGGCUACGGUGAAGAGGGCGACGACCGGCAGUACGAGUACCCGGACGGCGCGUUCGGCAACUACUGCUCCGGCGCCACCGGCGGCGGCCCGGUGCGGAUGCUCCUCCUCGCCUCCUUCCUUGCCUCCGCGUCGGUAGCACUGCUUCUUGCCGUCUGAGCGGUAGCGAUUUCACCAUGUACCAUUUGUAACGAUUCUAGUGUUCCGGGUCCACUUAUCUCACGAUGUACUCCAUAUAUCGUAAUUUUCCCUUCUUAUUUUUGGACGACGAGUAGAGAUGGUGCUACCAAAUUCGUAUAGAUUGUUUUCCCGUUCCCCCAUUUUAUAGAACAGCAAAAUUCUGAUAAAAUGUAGUACCAGACACCAUUUUAUUCCCCCACCAGAACAGAAAACUACCAAACAGAACUGCAAAACUCUGUAAGGUGCACUUGACUGUGAGGCAGCUUAUAUGGAGAUGUACUAUUUCCACCUAACCAGUUUCUAAAUUUUUUCAAAACAGUUAACAGAUGCAGGCGAGAUGAUCUAAAUAUCCGCAAAACUGUCAAGAUCAAUUAAAUCUGAUUUUCAGAGACCAAAAAGAGACAGGCACUUGCUGAGAUGGUGCCCAAAUGAUAUACUAUUUCAGCAAGUAUUGUCAUAAGACAUAAAACAUACCCACCCAUUUCUGUUUAGUCAUUUGGAUACUUCUAAGUUGGUGAAAAGGAAAAAUUUACACUAACUCCACACAUGCACCAGAUAUGCCAACCAGUUUAAACCUUCUGUCCUGGUCGAGCUCGAAAUUUCAAAAACCAUAAGUAGCACCAAUCCAGUUAAGUGCUCCAAGAUAAUGUACAAGAUCACAAAUCUCCCCAAGUAGAAAAGGUUAGGGCCAUUAUUCACGUACCUACAAUAAAACUCUUUUCUUUUCAUCAUCAUCAUCAGUCAACUCACCGACCAAUAUCACUGUUCCCCCACAACCCGUAUACCUACACACUGCGUGCUAUCAAGACUAAUUCAUACACAAGUGCUAAUUCAUGUCCUACACUAUGGUUUGAGCUUCAGACAGCUACUUGUUGCGAUACCAAAAUCUCUGUUGUGAGAGCCUCUCAAGGUAAAUGGCGCCGCUUGAUAGUUACUGGAUUUCAAGUUGUCAGAUGACAGCAGGGAUAGGACACAGGAAUGGUACAGUCAAUGCUUCAGCGGCUGGGGAUGAUGUUG